GUUAUGUCUUCGACUAUAGGGUCAUCUAUAGCAGCAGGAGCAUCGCACCAAUUUGCUACUUAUUUCGAUGUCACAAAUCAGGCACAGCUGGUCUUGCCGACGUCCUCAUACUUGGUUGGAUAUGUUGUCGGCCCGCUACUAUUUGGGCCACUAAGUGAGAGCUACGGCCGAAAAUGGGUCAUGAUUUCGACUUUUGUAAGGAACCGUGCUUGUCAAUUGUUUGAAGCUCUGGUAAUAACAGCUCUCAUAAUUCCUCUAGGCACUGUUUACUGCUUUCACCCUAGGCUGUGCUUUAGCAAACAACUUUGCAGCUUUGUGUGUAAUGAGGUUGUUCGUGGGUAUUGGCGCCUCCAGUCCUAUCUCCGUGGUGGGUGGGUGAGUAUGCAGAUCCACAAACGUGGUUCGAAUGCCUCGACUGAACGUCUUGCCAGCAUCUAUGCCGAUGUAUACCCUGACCCUGUGACCAGGGGUCGAGCUCUGACUAUCUUCAUGACUGCUACCACAUUUGGCCCAAUCAUUGGGCCGAUCAUAUCUGGCUUCAUCGCUGUCGUUUCAUGGCGCUGGAUAUUCUGGCUCUCGUUGAUCAUAGCUGGAGUCACUUGGCCGAUCCUGCUUGUCAGCCCAGAGACUUACGCACCAGUCAUCCUUGCCACACGUGCACGGCGUCUCCGCAAGGAAAACAGCAACCCCAACAUCUUUGCACCGCUCGAGCUCGAGCAUCGUGACAUGAAGCAGAUGAUCACUGUUGUUCUGACCAGACCGGUAAGAAUGUUCUUCACCGAAGCUAUCGUACUAUGCAGUUGUCUUUACCUAUCCUUUGUGUACGCGAUCUUUUACAUGUACUUCCAGGCCUACCCGACUAUCUUCAGCGGGAUUUACCACUUCAAUUCUGGCGAAGUUGGGUUGACCUUUCUGCCAAUCGGAGUUGGAGCCAUUUUUGCAUGCGGUCUAUACCUCUAUUGGGAUCGGGUUUUGGAGAGAGCAAAGGCGCGAGAUCCGCCUGCUGCAUGGUCACAGAGUGAGGAGUAUCGGCGUCUGCCUCUCGCGUGCCUUGGAGGACCAUUGCUCAUGCUCAGUUGUUUCUGGCUCGGAUGGACAGCUCGAGAGGAUGUUCAUUGGGCGGUGCCCGUUUUGUCGGCUUUGCCUUUUGGAAUGGGUUUCCUGCUGUUGUUCAUGUCUUUGGUCAAGUAUUACACUUCCGUACUUUACUGCUUCGCCGGUUCGUUGGCUGACGUGGCCGCAGCUAUCUUGUUGAUGCGUACGAACGAGUGCCAUGGCAGCAUCGGCUUGUUCAAGGAGCUUGUUUGGCGCAGUUCUGCCGUUCGCGGCGCGGCCGAUAGCCACGUCAAGGUCGAGAACUUACCCAAGAACGUGCUAACGUCAAUGGAUAGGUAUGAACGGCUGGGUGUUGCGUGGGCUUGUUCAUUGCUGGGCUUCCUGAGUUUAGCCAUGUGCGUUAUUCCCUUCGCCUUCAUCCAAUUCGGCGACAGCAUUCGGGAGAAGAGCAGCUUCUGCCAAUCCCUAAAACGACUCAAGAUGCAAGAGGAUGAAGAGCGGGAAGUGCAGGAGCGAAGAAUGCAGCAAAGUGGGGUUGGCAAGGCCAUAGCUGUGGAGAAGCUGGUUUGA